AUGGAAGAAAAACUCUGUCUAGUGUUUGUCUGGAAUCUGGAUAAGCUGCGCACACACCAACUUCACCAACCGAACCCAUUCUGGAAUCCGACGCCGGCGUCAUGGUUUACUGAGAGUGAUGAGAUGGCGAAGCUUGGAGGAUAUUCCCUGGCUGUUUCAUUUGCUCCCAUAGGUUCCAUUAUCGUUAAAAACAAUUGCAGAUUCCAAGUAGUUAUAUCUCGUAGGAAGAAGUCCAGCUAUAGGUUAUUUUCUACUCAUGGUCCGAAAGCACGAUUACAUGAUAAGCCUGGAGUGGUUUCCAGAUACUAUCUUCCUCAUUGGUUUAGGUGUGUGCCUGGUGAUGGUAUCUCUGCACCUUUUUUUUUUGGUGUCAUCUGCCUUGUUGCUCCAAUGAUGGAGUGGACGGACAAUCACUAUAGAACUCUAGCACGCCUCAUAUCAAAACAUGCUUGGCUGUACACGGAGAUGGUUGCAGCUGAGACAAUUGUUCAUCAAAAAGACAAUCUGGACAGAUUCUUGGCAUAUUCUCCAGACCAACAUCCCAUUGUGCUUCAAAUUGGAGGGAGUAAUAUAGAAAAUUUGGCUAAAGCAACUGAGCUUGCUAAUGCUUAUUGCUAUGACGAGAUCAACUUAAACUGUGGAUGCCCUAGUCCAAAAGUUGCUGGACAUGGGUGUUUUGGAGUGAGCCUUAUGCUUAACCCCAAGUUUGUUGCUGAGGCCAUGUCAGCAAUUGCUGCCAGCACAAAUGUACCUGUCAGUGUCAAAUGUCGAAUUGGCGUGGAUGAUCAUGAUUCUUACAAUGAACUUUGUGAUUUCAUAUACCAGGUUUCUUCUUUAUCACCUACUAAGCAUUUCGUAAUUCACUCAAGGAAGGCACUGCUCAAUGGCAUUAGCCCUGCUGAAAAUAGGAGCAUUCCUCCGCUAAAGUAUGAAUACUUCUAUGGCCUCCUGCGUGACUUUCCUGACCUAACAUUUACCAUAAAUGGUGGCAUUACUAGUGUUGAAGAGGUCAAUGCAGCUCGAGAAGCUGGGGCUCAUGGUGUUAUGGUUGGACGUGCAGCGUACAACAACCCUUGGCAUAUUUUGGGAAACGUAGAUUCCGCAGUUUAUGGUGCACCAAGCUGUGGUCUUACACGUCGUCAGGUCCUUGAAAAAUAUCUAACCUAUGGGGAUACGGUCUUGGGAAAAUAUGGACGUAGGCCAACUAUGCGUGACAUUGUGAAGCCUCUACUCAAUCUUUUCCAUUCAGAACCUGGGAAUGGACUUUGGAAGCGCAAAGCAGAUGCUGCUUUCAAAAAUUGCACGACAGUCGAAUCAUUUUUUGAAGAAACCCUUGUGGCAAUUCCCGACUCAGUAUUGGAUUCGCCUGUUGCCAGACCACCACCUGGCCGUGGAGAUCUUUUUGUUAACAUACAUAAUUUAUUGCCUCCGCCAUACAGAACAAGAGAAGAAGUAAUCAUUUGCGCUUAA